AUGGCCAUUGCUGGAGGAGCUCGCGUACUUGCCAUUCUUCUUGUGUGCCUUGAAUUGGCCUUCUGCGAGGCCCAAGGUCCGGAGAAUGCACCUGCUCAUUCUCCGGGUGGCGUGACGGAUACACCUGCUCAUCCUCCGGGUGGUGUAGCAGGUGCACCUGCUCAUCCUCCAGGUAGUGUGGCGAAUGCUCCUGGUGGUGUGGCGUAUGCGCUUGCUCAUCCUCCGGGUGGUGUGGCGGAUGCACCUGCUCAUCCUCCGGGUGGUGUACCGGGUGCGCCUGCUCAUCCUCCAAGUAGUGUGGCGGAUGCUCCUGGUGGUGUGGCGGAUGCUCCGGAUGGUAAGGCGGAUGCAGCUACUUAUCUUCUCAAUACUAUGGCGGAUGUACGUGGUCAUCCUCAGGCUGUGGCAGAUACAUUUGCUCAUUCUCUCACUGCUACUAAAUUAAAAGGUCGGAAUUAUGACAUUCCAGAUCCUUCUGAGAAAAUCUUUAACGUAUUACAAUUUGGAGCCAAAUCUGACGGAAGGAAAGAUUGCGCCCAGUCUUUCAUUAAAGCAUGGCGUGCCACAUGCGACUUUAAGGGAAGAUCCAGGCUUGUCAUUCCUGGAGGGACUUUCGUACUAUCUCAGGUUGUGUUUGGAGGGCCUUGCAGCGGCCCAGGUCCCAAAAUUGUUCAAGUUAUAGGGACCCUGAAAGCAACAACUGAUAUCAGUGAAUAUUCUUCCCCUGAAUGGUUCUUGUUUGAAUCCAUAACUGGCUUGGUAGUAACAGGAAGAGGCACCUUUGAUGGGCGAGGCGAUGCUGUUUGGAAAUACAAUGACUGUAAGAAUAACCAGAACUGCGUUCAACUCCCAUCUAACAUAAAGUUCAGGAAGGUUACAGAUGGAAUUAUAAGAGGCAUCACUUCUCUUAAUAGCAAAGGAAAACACAUGUUCAUCACUGAAUGCGAGAAGAUGAGAGUACUAAGGAUUCACAUAACUGCCCCCGAAGACAGCCCGAACACUGAUGGCAUCCAUAUUAGCAACUCCAACAAUGUGAGAGUAGCUAGAACUGCCAUUGCCACAGGUGAUGAUUGCAUCGCUAUUAUCGCCGGAGCCACCAACGUUAUGGUCAACAAAUUAACCUGUGGCCCCGGACAUGGCAUUAGUGUGGGAAGCCUUGGCAAGUACCCCAACGAGCGGGAUGUGAGUGGCAUCACUGUGAAAGAUUGCACCUUUACAGGCACAGAUAAUGGGAUUAGAAUCAAAACAUGGGCGGGAUCGCCUCCAAGUGCGGCGUCGAGCAUGCUUUUCCAGAACCUUAUCAUGAACGACGUUAGGUUCCCCAUCAUCAUAGACCAAGACUACUGCUCAGCAACAAGUUGUUCGAACAAAGGGCCAUCGCGUGUAAAAAUCAGCAACGUUCAUUACAUUAACAUUAGGGGAACCUCAACGACAGCUAUUCCAGUAAAGCUCAUGUGUAGCAAGCAGUUUCCAUGCCAAGAUGUUCAGUUAGUUGACAUAGAUCUCAAGUACAAGGGAGCUGCCACCUCUACAUGCGACAAUGCAAAAGUCCGGUACAGUGGCAAACAAAACCCACCACCUUGCAAAUAG